ACCAGUGACGAAGUGCUGGUCUCCAAGCGGCAGCAGAUGUGGACAGCUGGCCUGCUGGGGUUCGUCGUCAUCCUCUCGCUGAUUGGCAUCCUGAUGACGCGCAAGGCCGCGACUGAAAUGGAGAUAUUCACCGAGUCUCUGGCGGCCAAGACUGCAGAGAUGCGCCGGGAGCGUCGCCGCGCGGACCGCCUGCUCUGCCAGAUGCUGCCCUCCUCGGUGGCGCUCCAGCUGAAGAGCAUGCACAAGGUGUCGGCAGAGUCCUUCCAGGCCGUCACCGUGCUCUUCAGCGACAUCGUCGACUUCUCCAGCAUCGCCGCGCAGAGCACCCCCAUCCAGGUGAUGGCCUUCCUGAACCGGCUGUUCAAGACGUUUGACAACCGCAUCGACAGGUUUGACGUGUACAAGGUGGAGGCGGUGGAGACGGUCUACAUGUGCGCCUCCGGCCUGCCGCACAAAAACGGUGACCGUCACGUGACUGAGGUGGCUGACCUGGCGCUGGAGCUGCUGGCCACGUCACGUCGGUUUGAGGUGCCGCACCUCCCGGACCACCCGCUGCACAUUCGGCUGGGGAUCAACACCGGGCCCUGCGUGGCAGGAGUGGUCGGCACCAAGAUGCCUCGCUACUGCCUUUUCGGAGACACGGUCAACACGGCCGCCAGAAUGGAGCAGAACGGCCUGCCGAUGAAGAUCCACCUGACGCAGAGAACAUGUGACCUCCUGCAGCGAAUGGGAGGGUACCAGAUCGAGUUCAGGGGUCACAUCCAGGUGGAGGGAAAAGGAACGAUGGAGACGUACUGGCUUGUCAGCAAGAAUGAAGACACGUCCUCAAGAAAUGUCGGCAUAUCAAUAUCGGAUGAAUGACGCCAGCCUCUGUUAAACCUGCUAUACAAAGCCGCCAACAAUAGGAUCCCUCAUGCAGUUACUUAGACGGUGUAUGCUGCAUCGGCCUCUCAAUUCGAGCAUCACGCUUUCAGUGUACACACGACACGAAAAUGUGUACCGGGAACAGCUAAGUGUUUACUGCCGGGUGUAAGAAUGACGCGAGAUGUCUCUGAGCCGCUUUUAUUUCUGCCACAGUUUUGUGCUAAGUACCUGGGAAUAAUUCACAGUGAAUGUGCUGUCAUAGCUUCACGUUUCAACACAUCUCUGUCCGUUUUUUUUUUCAGUUUUCUGUUACAGUUGCUAUGGACUGGAUGGUAGGUUUGGUUCGUUGGCUGUGCCGCCGUUCGUGGCACUCCAUUCUAUUGUGGGGCCUAACUUUUUUCCCCGAUGUUUGAAUACUUAAAUAAACAAUAAAUGGAUUGAAUACAUUUUAUAUCAAAA